AUGGCCGAAAAAUCAUUCACCUACGCCGAAGUCUCGGCUCACAGCACCAAGAAGAACUUGCACAUGGUCAUUCAUGACAAGGUCUACGAUGUCUCUUCUUUCGUCGAUGAGCACCCCGGUGGUGAGGAAGUCCUCCUCGAUGUCGGCGGUCAAGAUGCCACCGAGGCUUUCGAAGAUGUCGGCCACAGCGACGAGGCCCGCGAGAUCCUCGAGGGAUUGAAGAUUGGUGUUCUCAAGCGCCAGCCCGGCGACCCAGCCCCCAAGACCACCAGCACCACUUCCUCUGGCGCUUCCGCCAGCUCCAGCUCUGGCGGUGUUGGCGUCGGUCUCUACGCUUUCCUCUUGCUCGGCGCUGCCGCUGCCUAUGGUGCUUACCAAUACCUCCAAUUGAACGCUCAGAAGCAGUAG